GUCAAAAGCCGUCAGCUGUUGUGUCAAGUGAACGUUCUUAACCAACAAAAUAAGUGAAACUUAUCGAGAGUGUGAAAUCUUAAUUGUGAUUAUUACUAGUUAUCACAGGUAAUACAGGUUUGAAAGAAUUGUUAUACAAAAUCAGAUUAAAAUACUUUAAUCUUGUGAUACAAAGAAUGAGUCAAUAGUGAUCUAUAAUACUAUCUAGAAUGUUCAAAGAAAAUGAUAGCAGUUCUGGAGGUUGCAGCAGCACAGCUCCUCGACCAAGAAGAAUGUUGGCACGAUUUUCUUUAAGGCGAUUAUUAUAUUCAAGUCCACUUAUUGGUCGGCGAAUUGCAAGGACACCCAGUUCAAGGAAUACAAAAACAAAAGAUUCAACUAGUGGCAAAAUAACUGAUGUUGAAAAAGGAGAAGCCAGAGUAAGUAAUGGUUCAAGCCAUUUUCAAUUUCAGAACAUAGAACGUGCUUCCAGUAAAGGCUCUGUACUAUCUUCAGCUGGAAAGAGUAGUGAAAAUGGUUUAGUAGAGUGUCCUUUAUGCUUGGCUGAAUUACCAGUGGAAUUUUUUCCUAUUGUCCAAUCUUGCCAUCAUCGCAGUUGUUACGAUUGUUAUCAACAAUAUCUUAAAGUUGAAAUUUCUGAAUCUAGAGUCAAUAUAGCAUGUCCUGAAUGUUCAGAACCACUUCAUCCAAAUGACAUUCGAAUGAUUCUAAAUGAUCAAACGCAAUUAGAAAAGUAUGAAGAUUUUAUGGUACGACGAGUUCUUGCCGUAGAACCCGAUGCAAGAUGGUGUCCUGCCCCAGAUUGCAGCUUUGCAGUUAUUGCUAGUGGUUGUGCUUCAUGUCCAAAAUUACGUUGUGAACGACCAGGAUGUGAUUCCUAUUUUUGCUAUCAUUGUAAAGCACGUUGGCAUCCUAAUCAAACAUGCGAUGCGGCAAGAGCUCAACGCACUCAAUACUAUGAACGUAGUUCAUCUCUUAGUUUCAGUCAGAGUGAUUCGCAACAUAAAGAUGAUGUCAAACCAUGUCCAAGGUGUCAAGUCCUUAUUGUUAAAAUGGAUGAUGGAAGUUGCAAUCAUAUGGUUUGUGCUGUUUGUGGUGCCGAGUUUUGUUGGUUAUGCAUGAAAGAAAUCAGUGAUCUUCAUUAUUUAAGUCCUUCUGGUUGUACCUUUUGGGGUAAAAAGCCAUGGUCUAGAAAAAAGAAAAUACUUUGGCAACUUGGAACUUUAGUGGGAGCUCCAGUUGGAAUUGGCCUUGCUGCUGGUAUAGCUGUACCUGCCAUGAUUAUAGGUUUUGGUAUCACCCUUAUUAGCAGGAUUGGCCGUAGGGAUCGGUGUACCCAUUUUAUUAUUUUAUGUUUAUGGCGUAGUGCCCGUUUCCCUUUGCCGAAGCGGAGGUUGUGGGGUUUCUACGAAUGGUACGGGAGUGCGAUUCGAUUUCGAUGACGAGAAUGAGCUUAUGGGUUCUUUGAGUGUUCGCAACGGUGGAGAUGCAGCAUCGAUAGAUGUUGCGAGCCAUCGCGGCGGUAAUCCUUCGAUAGGUGAGGCUUCCCUUUCGUUAGGUAGUGGAAGCCACUUGGAAAAAUUAGGACGUGAAAAUGAUCGCGAAAGUGCCAGCAACGUAGCUGUUGCUGGUACCAGUCUCGCAGGAAGUAUAGCCUCUAGUGUUUUACCAGGUGGACAGAGAUUGGAAGUUCAAGCGGAUGUAACGUCUACUCAACGAUUCAGUUUGUGUAGUGAAACAGCAUCUGCCGCAACCAGUUUAUCAGAAAAAUCUGUAAACGCAUCUAUUGCUUUGGAUGAUGGUGCAGCUUCCACUAGGGCUCUGGCAGGCUCCGUUUUAAAUUUCAAAAUGGAUGGAAGUUCAAUUAGCGGUGGCAGAAGCACGGAAGGGGAACAAGGGACAAGUUCUGUUGCAGGAGGUCAUAUGGACUCGGCAGGUCAAGCUACGUCUUUGAGUUCCCUUGAAGAGGUAGCGCCUGGUUUGGCGAAACGUGCUCGACGUAAACCAACAUUAGAUCGUCAAUGCAGUGAUUCCAGUAAUUGGACCGUUUGUGGAGAGGACGAAAGUUCUGAACGUGUCAGAUUCGACGAUCACGUUAGUUUUAUCGAAGCGGACCAGGAAGGAAUUGUCAGCACAUGUGGAGUGAAUAGCCGAACUUCUGGAAGACGUAAACGUAAUAAAGAGACAGAAGACGUAAAUACUCAAAAGAGUACAAAAAGUUCCAAUAAUGAAUCAAAGACUGAUUCGACAGAUGACAAUGUGUCAUGGGAACGGGUUAAUGUCGCCACUUUGAGAAAUGUCUUCUUCCAUAAUUCUACAGCAUCUACAGAUCGCGAAAAGCGAUUAUCAGUGAUAGAAGAACCGUUUCCUGUAGUGGUACAGAAUAACGGUGCUUGUUUUUUUACAUCUUCUGACAAAAAAUGUAACAUAAAUAAUGUGGAAGAAGAUUUAUGCUCUUAAAGAAACAAAGACUGAGCAUUUAUGUAAUAAUGUACAUGCGUCCUUUAAAUACAAAACACAUAGAUGCGUAUUUACAUAUAGUGACAAGCAAAUAUGUAAACACGCUAGUCUUAUAACGAAACGAUAAUGCUAUAAACUUUUUAACUCAUUGAUAAAGAUUAGGACAAUUUCAAACUGAAUCUGUAUAACGUGUUUAUACUUUUGCUUGUAUUAUAUAUGUGGUAUGU